UAGGGAAACAGGAAAACAUAAUUACUAUUUAAACAUGAAUAUCUUUGAGGAGAACAUUCAUUUUGACAACACAGCUCUGUACAAUCGCAGUAGUCCUUAGUCUCAGUGAAACCUUCACUCCUUGCUAUCAACCAUGAAGCUGACCGGUUUAUUCCUUAUGAUUAUGGCAGUGGUCGCACUGUUUAUAGGUGUUGGUCAAGCUGACCCUAAAGUGCCCGUUGGUGCCAUCAAAAAGGGUGGUAAAGCUAUAGUAAGACAUUUUUUUUAUGUGGGUGUGGUAGGUGCCGCAGGUACAGCGCACGAAGUAUACAGCCACAUCAGGAACAGGCACUAAAUUCAAAGAGCAGAAUAUUAGUUGUGGAGUAUUAUUAUUGGCUACGAUAUAUAUAUAUAUAUAUAUAUAUAUAUAUAUAUAUAUAUAUAUAUAUAUAUAUAUAUAUAUAUAUAUAUAUAUAAGUUUUUUAAAACAAAUUUCGGAUUAAUAAAUAUGAUUUGUCAUUA